CGGCUAGCCCAUCGAUCCAGCCUGCAAGACCAUCGUCAAAAUGGCACUGCCACCGGGUCGAAAUACUUCGCAACGCUGCGCCUGGCCGCCCAACUGGCCGCGCGCAUCCGCCUAGCCCAAUCCAAUUGCAAUCCGAUGCGCGCGUACCACGCUUGACUAUAUCCUCGCGCCCUCUGCUGCAAAUUUCGCUGCGGCGGAGCGUCCGGUUUUCACCGCGCGGCCGCUGAGGAUUGCUUACAAGCCCAGCGAACCUCUUCGCCGUGUGCUGAGCACAAAUGCGCGGCCACUAGCAUGCGUACGGCCUUGGGUCGGGGAACACCGGUGCGAUGGCAAGAGCCUGGCCGCUGCGCUCUGCGGCGGCGCGCCACCGCUGUGGUGAGCGGCAAGCCUUCUAUUGCGGACCGCUCCGGGGCCUCGCGCUGGCAAGCCUCUGCACGACUUACGGUGACGUUCGACCGUUCGAAAACACACACACGUCACACCAGUAUAUCACGCCCCCCACAAAAAAUCACCAUCAAAUCCCCACCGCAGAAGCUCACCGUCGCUCUCGCCUGCCUCCCGGUCGCCGCGGCGUUCGUCGCGCCGGCGCCCGCCGGCGCCUCGGUCAAGGUCCAGGAGACCAAGGCCGACCUUGAGGCGCUCGCCGUCAAGCUCAACCCGGUCGUUGGCUUCUACGACCCGCUCGGCCUCGCCGACGCCGAUUUCUGGGGAAGAGGCAACGAGUACACCAUCGGCUGGCUGCGCCACGCCGAGAUCAAGCACGGCCGCGUCGCGAUGGCCGGCUUCGUCGGCUACUGUUUGCAUCUGUGUGGAAAUCAACCAGUGCGUCGGGUGCACCCGACAAUUCUUCACUAAGUCAUUUCUCGCUGCUGGCGUCGCGUCGAUAGCGUGGAGGACGACACAAUGAUUCAACAUUCAACAUCAACCUUCCAUAAAAUUUUGAUUUCCACAGGCCUCCACGCGAACGGCGUGCAGUUCCCCAUCCACAUCCCCGGCGACUACUCCACCAAGUCGCCCGCGGAGCUGUGGGACCAGGUCCCGGAGGCGGGCAAGUGGCAGAUCGUCCUCUUCGUCGGCUUCCUCGAGUUCUUCUCUGAGUCCGGCGCGGGCGGCGCUCACUACACCAAGGGUGGCAAGCCGGGCGCGUUCCCGAGCUUCAACUCGCCGGAGGCCGGCGACCAGUUCAAGAUCCCGCACCCGGUGCCGCUCGACCUCUGGUACAGGUCCGUGCAUAAAUCAAACCGUCCACGCCAUCGAUGCGACACGGACCGCACCAGACUCACUUUUGAUUUACGCGCAGGGACCCGGUCGGCUUCACGAAGAACGCCUCCCCCGAGAAGAAGGAGCGCGGCCGCCUCAUCGAGAUCAACAACGGCCGCCUCGCCAUGCUCGGCCUCUUCGGCUUCCUCGCCGAGUCCAAGCUCCCGGGCUCCGUGCCCGCGCUCGGCGGCAUCGCGCUGCCGUACGACGGCGACUACAUGGCCCCGUUCGCCGCCGACUUCCACAUCUUCUAAGCGCCUGAAGGUGGACGGCCGCGGUGCGGGUCUGCUGGUGCCCCUUCGAUACGCGAUGGAUGGGAUGGCACAGCAGGAGCUUGAGCUUCGGCUACUUUUCUAAAACUCUUGUAAAAGGCUCACAAACUCCACACCGCUAGAAAA